AUGACAAUCUUUAUCCACCUCUGUUUCUUGCUCUGGAUGCUCACUGUACCCAUUUCCGCUGCCGAAGCGACUCGAACUACUUCGGUAGGGGAUUCCGUCGCUACAAGCACUAGUCUUCUCAAGAUAUGGGAUGUAGACAAAAGUUGCAAUGAAGAGCUUGAGUACAUGCAGGAUUCCAUGAGUAUUGCCCUUGAUAUUGUCACCGCCGCUCACUCUGCUCUCCAAUUCAUGAAAGAAAAGGUGCCGGAUAAAGAGAAAGAUGAGAGUCGGUACCAGCGCUGGUCGACCAUCUACAAGUCCGUUCAAUUAUUCUUUGGUUUCAUGACUAAGGAGCGACCCAAUUAUCUCAAUGAGCUUAUAGAUCUCUUUGAUAAGAUGGAAAGAGUCAUUCCCAGUCAAGAAAACGACCCCCCGAAAGGGUACGUCAAAAGGCUAAGCAAGCUGCCGAAUGCCAAACCCAUGAUGAUGUGUCGAGAUGAAGCCGGUGAGGAUAAAUGGAAGUGGUAUGAUGUUGACGAUGUACUUCCUGGCCAACAAGUGUCAAUAGCGAAUAUGCCUGGCUUUAUUAAGUAUGCCUUUGAUAAUUCCGGGGCGUGGGUCUAUGGUCCCCGGUUCACUUGGAAGGCCAUCGAGAGGGAGGAGCCGAUCCUCUGCGAGCCAGGCACGGCAGCCGCUGUCGCGUGGGACAAGGAUCUAAUGAUAUUUUGUCAGAGUCUGGUAUUGUCGCAGGAGAAACUUUGGGCGAAUAUGCUACGCAUCUUUCGGUCGUCAUGGUUCACGAACUUACUCACUGGUUCCGGUGGCAUCACCACGAAUGGUGAUCCCGUGAUAGAUGACCAAACGGCUUUGGAUGAUAAAGGUAGGCCGCUCUAUAAGAUCGGAGAAGAGCUACAUGGUAAACGCCCGGAGCCGUCACGAGAUGAAGCCAAGGCACUGGGCUGGAAACGUGUCGAGGCAUAUGGCGUUAAACACAUUUGUAACUUGGCAAUAUGCGAUAAGAAGCGCUACAGAGACCACUGUGGUCCUGAAAAAGCGAUUAAAAAUGCCGAUUCUUUGGCGUUAUUCGCUCUGGCAAUGUACUAUGAUAAGUGGGAUUGGAGUUCUGGUGCUCGUGCAAAAGAGCCAGGGUCUAAAAAGCGGCCAAAAGAGGGCGAGGGAGAGAAUUCACGACAAGACGACUAA